AUGCAUCAGGUAUCAACAUUUUAAUACUCUCUUCGACAGAAUUGGUCUACUUGUUUACUUUGGCUUAGUUGUAGGUUUAAAAAAAUAGCUGUCAUUUCCCUGCAAGUGUGUGUGUGUGUGUGUGUGUGUGUGUGUGUGCAUAUCCUGCUGCUGCAGCUUGCGAAGCAAAAUCAGGGUGUGUUGGGUCAACACCACCACAUGACAUAUAUCAACAAAAAGGAAAAGUUAGUCAUUUUUACUGACUUUAAAAAAGUUACAUAACAUCUAUAGUUAACAGUAAGUAUGUGGAAAUUUGGAAAUGUUACGCUCUUGAAAUAAAGUAAUUUACACUACAUUAAAGCCUCAGCUUGGUUUACACAAUAUACAAGGAACUGUGUGGGAGAUAUAACCCUUAAAUCACAUAGUACCCAAAGUUUCAGGGUCAAGUCAAGAAUGCUCUCCAGGAUGUAGGCAUACAUGUUUCCUUGUUAACAAUCAAGAGUAAACGUCAUGACCCAUAACAUCAGAGGAUUCAGCACAAGAUUCAAACCGCCUCAAAAACAGGACAGCCAGGUUACAAAACAUACACAAAGAAAGUGGUAGAGCUCUGGAAUUAAGUUCAAUGGACUGAUGACACAAAAAUCAACCUCUAUCAAAAUGAUGGAAAGAGGAAAAUGUGGAGGUGAGGAGGUGGAAUAUAUUCAACUGGUGAGGAUAUAAGAAGUGAAAUCCUACAAAUAUUGUUUGUUUAAUGGGUGUAUUGAGGAGAACUGGAUACUGGAAUAGUUUUAUUCGUACAACACAUCUGGUGUCUGUUUCUCAACUGAUUAAAACAAAACAAGAGCAUUGAACUGUAAGCCUUUAUGGCAGCCUUUGUUAGAUUUGGAACAUAGAUCAAAUUUAUGUUUGCAUUUCUGUCACUGCCAGUCACCUGAAAUGAGUUACAGGUAAAUGCAAGUGUAUUUAAGAGCUGGUUUUGCUUUCGUCAGCAGUCAUUCAGCACUUCUACACAGAGAGGCCGAAGCUACAAGCUGACACUGACAAGAACAGAAGAUAACUCAGCAGUGAAGGAAAUCUUCAUCUGUAACAUCUGCACCAUGAAGCUGUUGACUGUGUUUCUCUUCCUUUGUGCCAUGAUGGCUCUGACCCCAUCUGCUGCAUAUCCCAUAGACAUGUUGUCACCUAUCCCAGUCUCACUACCUCCGAUAUCAGAGCCGGGCUUCUUUUUUUCUUGUCCUGAUGGUUGGACUAUGUCCAGCACUCAAUGUCUCCUCUACGUUCCGACAAAUAUGACCUGGGCUGAAGCUGAGGAAAACUGCAGACACAAUUCACAAUACCAGGAUGGAACCCUUGCAUCUGUGUAUGACUCUUCGAUCUCCCACGAGAUUCAUGAUGUGCUGAAAAGUGCCGGUAAUGAGCAUGGAAAAGUAUGGGUCGGAGGCUUUAAUACAGCACAGGAUCCGUCUUGGUACUGGAGUGAUUAUAUGGGUUAUAAUCAGUUUCAUGACUUCUGUUCUGAAAAGCAUGAGCACCACUGUCUACAAAUUACCUUUGAAGAACAGGAAUCGGGAUGCCUGGAUGACAUGGACUGUGACGCUAAGCUCCCAUCUAUCUGUGCCAUAAUCCUCAUGAAAGCAUCAUAUAAGGUCUGCAUCAUCUCCACCAUGAAGUUGCUGACCGUGUCUGUACUCGUUUGUUCCAUGAUGGCUCUGGCUGGAGCUGCUGCUCUUCAAGAAGCAGAGAAAGAGCACGAGGCAGUGGCAAAAAUUCAAGAAGAGGAGCAUCGUGUUGACAAGAGGUCAACAUCCUGUCCCUCCCACUGGACUGAGUACAACGGCCGCUGUUUCCUCUACGUUCCUCGAACCUUGACCUGGGCUCAAGCUGAGAAAAACUGCCAGUCCAAGGGUGCACACCUUGCAUCGAUUCAUGGAACUCGGGAGUACAACGAGAUUAAGAGGAUAAUAUCAGAUAGAACUCAUAGCUCUCCUCAGACAUGGAUUGGAGGCUCUGACAGCCAAGGGGAGCAUGUUUGGCUCUGGAGUGAUGGCACACCUUUCGCCUUCUCAUACUGGUGCAGAGGAGAGCCUAAUAACUACUUUAACCAGGACUGUAUUCAGAUGAACUAUGGAGAUGACAAUUGCUGGGAUGAUGUAUGGUGUGAUGCUCACCGGCCAUCUGUCUGUGCCAAGAAAAUCUGAUGAUUCCUGAGCAGAUAAGAGAGGCAUGAAAUACCUGUGAAAAGCACAAACAUUAGUGGAUAUGUGUUUGUGUUUAUUGUCACAAGUUAAUCUGUCAUUUUAUCAUCAGUCUCAUAUAUAACCUUACAGCUUUAUAAAUCAUUUUUCAUCUUUCUUUCUAUCUUGCUAUCACUGUAAAGGUACUUAAGGAAGGAAGCAACAAGUGACACAAACGGGAGCUGGAUUGUCUUUUAGGUCUUGUGCCAAACUGAAUGUGUUAUGAAAAGAAUGCUUUUUCUUACUCUGGAGAUUGAACUGUUCUGUCUCAUAUUGUGCAAAUUAA